UCCAACACAGACCAAGUCAAGAAGCAAGCCAUGCCGCAUAUCAUGGACAACCCCGCCAACGACAGCGACGACGGCGACAGCGGCAGCAGCACGCCAAACCCCCUGCCCUUCCCGCCCGUCACCAAGCAGCACAUCCUCCACUGCUCCGUUGGUUCUUGGUACCCGAAGUUUCGCAACGUAACCCCGAAGACCAGAAUCAUUCCCCUCACUCAAGCCUUCAUGAACUACCUUCACGCAGAUUCCAUCAUCCUCCCCGAUGACGACGACGCCGAUUAUGACGAAGAAAAAGACGUUUCCAAAGAUUGGCGUGAGCUUCACCAGACCAUCAAAGCCACCAUCUCUGAAUUGGACGGUGCGGUCCUCCCAAAGCUGAACUGGUCGGCUCCCAAAGAUGCGGCUAACAUGAACGCAAACACAAUGAUCUGUCGCUUCCCACGCGAAAUCUGUCUCCUGCUCAAGAGUUCCGACUUUGUCUCACACGACUUGGACAACGCUUUCGACGGCUGUGUCGACGCGAAUCCCGACAGCCCGCUCAGCAAGACUGACAUUCCAUAUGUCCUGGUCCUGCGCAAGGCUGUUAUGGGAUGGAACCCGUCGGUCGAGUUUCGUUGCUUCGUUCGCAACAAGAAGCUGUUGUGCAUCUCCCAGCGUGAGAAGGGCCUCUUUCCGUUCUUGCAUAAUAUGCGAGACAAGCUCCAGUCCAUGAUCAAGGUGUUCUUUGAGACUCGCCUCAGCACCUUUGAAGAUGACAACUUUGUGUUUGAUGUCUACGUUCCGAACCCAUACACUCAGGUCUGGCUCGUCGACAUCAACCCGUGGGCUCCGAGAACCGAUCCGCUUCUGUACAGCUGGACAGAGCUGCACGCGAUGGACGAGCCGCUCGAUGAGCCAGAGGUCCCAGAUGGUGCUUUCCUAAGAAUGACCAUCGAUCCUGCUAAGCGGGAAGAAAUGGUGCCAAUACUGGCUUCACAGGAGGCAGCAGAGAAGGAGAAGGAGGCGGCGGAGCACGAGGAUGUGGAGGAGAUGGAUGAUCCGUACCUCCCAGAGCUACGUCUCGUCAAGCCUGGCGACCCUGAGGCCAAUUUGUGGGCCUCAGGCCAGUACAGUGCUUACAAGUUGCCGUUGGAGGUUGUCAAUGCUGGCCAAUCACCAGAGGGCAUCGCCCAGAUGGCACGUGACUGGAAGGAGCUGGUCAAUCAGCAGCAGCCGGAGUCUGAGGACUCCGAGUGAUUGAAGUGCAUCAAUGUGUACGCAAACGUCUGCUCACAUAGCAGACAACUGUAAGUGUUGUCCGCUCACAUAGCUGACAACUGUAAGUGUUGUCUGCUCAGAUAGCAGACAACUGUAAGUGUUAU